AUUUUGUUGUAUGGUGGUCUGGUUCAAUUUCUUAACUAACUGAUUUUCAAAUCGAAACAUUUAAAUUUGAUUUUUUUAACGUAGAAUGAUUCCGGAAUGUUUAAUAAUAUAACGUUUGGCGCGUUCUCCUGUAAGAUGAGAAUUUUAUUUACUUUGCAAAAUUUCUUGGAAUAAUGGAUACGAAUAAUCCGAAAGGUGUAUUGUGAGCAAAGAUGUGGACAGUAUACAUUAAAUAUAUUUAGUCGCUACUUACGUAACAUAUCUAUAUCUAUAAUUAUCUAUUUAAUUUGUAUUUUCGUAACUUCUUGUUAAAAACUAACGAAUGAUGGAAAAACCUUUUGUGUGUAGCAUUUGCAACAAGUCAUUUUCUCGUGUGUAUUCGCUUAAAACCCACUGCCUUAAUCACUCAGGAGAUCAACCAUACCAGUGCAAAGUUUGCGACAAAAAAUUUACGUUACAAUCAAAACUUAGGAAACAUAGUGUAGUGCAUUCUGAUGAAAGACCACAUGUGUGUGAAGUGUGCCAGAAAGGUUUUUCAAGAGCUGAUACUCUUAAGGAACAUUUACUUACUCACACCGGUGAAAAAAGGCAUGUUUGCUCUUAUUGCCAAAAGCGUUUUACUACUGCAUCUCAUUUGAGAUUGCAUGUUAACAUUCACAAGGGAAUAAAACCUUACAAAUGUGAGGUGUGUGGUAUAAGUUUUUCCCAGUCGGGUAGUUUAAAAACACAUCGAUUGAAACAUGAAGGGAAUGAUACCAAGCAAAACAUUCAUAUAUGUGAAAUAUGCGGAAAAUGUUUUAGUCGGAAAUCUCUUUGCAAUAGACACAUGGAAAUUCAUUCCAAUGAUAAACUUUACAAAUGCGAAUUAUGUGGAAAGUCUUACUCUCGUUCAGAUUCUUUGAAAUCUCACUACUUAACUCAUACCAAAGAGGUGCCUUUUUCUUGUGAUUUAUGUUCCAAGACAUAUUCUUCUCAAACCAGUUUAAGAUUUCAUUAUAGAAAACACACUCAAGAAUUUCCAUAUGUUUGUGGAAUUUGCAAUAAAGGCUUUACUAUCAAGAGUGUCAUGAAAAGACAUGAGCUUAUACACAAGAAUGAGAAAUUUCCAUGUAAUGUGUGUCAUAAAAAUUAUUCUGGUCUUGCAUCCUUGAAAAUUCACCAGUAUCGUAAACAUAGAGAAAAAACCCCUGAAAAAUGUGAAGUUUAUACUUAGUUUAACUUUUUACCUAUUCUGCUUGUGUGACAUACAUGCAUUGACUUAUCGUGAUUUUUAAUACUUAUUGCUAAAAAUUAAUAUAAGUUUUUGUAUGAAAUAUGUUAUCCAAAUAUAUAUUUUAGUUAUAUAUGUAUUAAUUUUUUUUUCUUAAUUCAUGUUUAGAUUAUUAAUUAUUUUAAACAAAUCUUAAAAUGGCUAAUCAGAAAUUUUAAAUGUAUUUUAUUUGAAUAUUCUUUCUUUUAAUCAAUACUUUAUUUUUCUUAUUUUAAAAGUUAAUAAGUUUAUUGGUUGCUCAUGUUUAGGUAGUACUGCAGCAUUCUAUUCAAUGUAAUGAUUUAUUAAAAUUACUAACUGCUAUCUUUAUUAUAUUAUUAUUAUGUUGUAACAAUUACAAAAAAUAUUCAUUUUUUUCACUCUCUCAGGAUUGGAAUACAUAUUGUAAAUAAAUCUAUAUACUAAAAUUCUAUAACUAGCAUCUUUAUCACAGUGUCUUUGCUACAUGUAUUAAGUUAUGCAUAGCUUUGAUAUUAAUUUGAGAUACUAUUUGUUGAGCUACUGUUUGUAGUUAUUCAAUUCAUAACUCUUAAACUUUUCGUAUUUGAAUAGGUAUACUUAUAGUAAAUUAAUCUACACACUAAAAUUUAUAACUGGAAAUUAUUUAGAUUUCUUUUGAGUUGAAGUAAAAGUACUAUUUUGAUAAAAAAAAAAAAACUUUUUAUCUGGAUUGUUCUAUUUCAAAAUCAUAAUCUAAAUGCUACUUUCCAACAUCAAAAAGAAUAGAAUCAUUUGAUAAUUACUACAAAUCAAGAUGCAUUAAUUCUGUUUGUAAUAAAAUUUCACGUACAUGAAUAAGGUAAAAAAUUUUAUCCAUUGUGCUUGAAACAAAAAUAAAAGAUGUAUUUAAUUGGCAGAUAAAUUUUUAUGUUAUUUUUAUGGUUAUUAUAAAUUACUAUGAUGGUUUAUGAUAUAGUUGAUACUCCUUAUUUUAGUAAUAUAGUAAAAUUUUUCAUAUAAAUGAAUAUGAAAAUGUAUUUCACUUAUGUAUAUUCUCGUGAUAUAUAUAAGUGAAAAUUACAGCACAAGGUGCUAUUUGUACAUUACCUUCCUACACAUAUUUUUUUUAUAUUCAACAAACAUGUUAUUAUUUUUGUUACUGAUAGUUGUUUUUAGCAUAUAAUAAUUCAUUUAUGUGCAAUUAUUUGUAAUAUAAUUUAAGAAUUCCCUUUUUCAAGUAUGUGUAUUUUUUGUUUAAUAUUUUUUUUCUUUUUCAUUCUAGAUUUGUUGUAUAUAUUAUCAUAUUUAAGCACCAAGUCCGAUUUGGCCUCUUUUUACAUUUAAUCUUUGAUAUUCAAUUUCAUCGAUAUGCUGGUGGUUUCAGAUAUGUGCAGAGGUGCAAUAAGACUGGAUAUAAUACUUUUGUUAUAUUUCUUGUACAUAUUUAUUGCAACCUGUAUUCUUUGUAUUCAUUUAAAAAGUCUUUCUCUUCAUUCAAUUGUCUGUGUUUCAUGUUCCUGUUUAAUUUCAUAAUAUUUUUUGAAAUUUUUUAGAGUAUGAUAAGCAAUAAGACUCAUAGAGUCCAAGCAAAAAGCAUAAUGCCAAUUAUUAAUGACUAAUCUAGUGCAAAUUUUUUUAUAAAAGAUAUUUAUGUAUUUAUAAAAUGCAAGUACAUAAAAGUAUUUAUUUAUAAAAAGUAAAGUAUUGUAUUAAAUAAUGUGUAUUGUUAUUAAAAGGAUUUUAUCUAGAAUGUUUAAAUAAUGAAUGAAACAUACGAGAACUGUUCUAUUUAGGAAAAUUCUAUGAUUGUGUUAAUAAACCAUAUGCAAGAUUUGCUCAAGCUUGUAAUUUUUAAUUAUUUUGUUAACUAACAGAUAAACAUAAAAAUAUCUUUUUCCCCUUUGUUCAAGUUUAUUGAAACAUGGCAAUUAACAUCUCUUUAAAGUAAUAUGUGUGUGUUUGUUUGUUUGUAAUAUUGGAAACUAAUGCAUCUGCAAUUAAAUAUUUUAAAAAAGUGGUAGCUUUCCCAUUAAAUUAUAAUUCAAAUUUGAUACUUGACCAAUUAUGUGAUGCUCUUUUUUUUCAUAUUCUUUAUUUAUUGAUUUGCUUGCCAAAUUCUUGUGGUUU